GCGGAAGUGCCCGGGCUGCAGCCAUUUCCUGCUCUUUGUGCGCGCGGAGCGGCAGCCCAGCCGUGCAGAACUCGAUGUUUUCCAGUUCACCUCGGAGAGCGUGACUUGCUGUUUACGGUUUCCAGUGUCAUUCCACGUGCUUGAGAAGGAGACCAUCGUGGAAACUGAACAGCCAGAACCAUGACCACGCACGUCACGCUGGAGGAUGCCUUGUCCAAUGUGGACUUACUGGAGGAGCUGCCUCUACCAGACCAACAGCCAUGCAUCGAGCCACCUCCAUCCUCCAUCAUGUACCAGGCUAAUUUUGACACCAACUUUGAAGACAGAAAUGCCUUUGUGACGGGCAUCGCCAGGUACAUCGAGCAGGCGACAGUGCACUCCAGCAUGAAUGAAAUGCUGGAGGAGGGCCAUGAGUACGCUGUGAUGCUCUACACGUGGAGGAGCUGCUCCCGAGCCAUCCCUCAGGUGAAAUGUAAUGAACAGCCAAACCGAGUGGAGAUUUAUGAGAAAACAGUGGAAGUCCUGGAGCCAGAAGUCACUAAGCUUAUGAAGUUCAUGUAUUUUCAGCGCAAGGCCAUUGAGCGGUUCUGCAGCGAGGUGAAGCGCCUGUGCCACGCUGAGAGAAGGAAGGACUUUGUCUCUGAGGCCUAUCUCCUGACGCUGGGGAAGUUCAUCAACAUGUUUGCUGUCCUGGAUGAGCUGAAGAACAUGAAGUGCAGUGUCAAAAAUGAUCACUCUGCAUACAAAAGAGCUGCCCAGUUUCUGAGGAAGAUGGCAGACCCACAGUCCAUCCAGGAGUCCCAGAAUCUCUCCAUGUUCUUGGCAAACCACAACCGCAUCACACAGUGUCUGCACCAGCAGCUAGAGGUUAUCCCAGGCUAUGAGGAGUUGCUAGCUGAUAUUGUCAACAUCUGUGUGGAUUACUAUGAAAACAAGAUGUAUCUCACCCCCAGUGAGAAACACAUGCUCUUAAAGGUGAUGGGAUUUGGUCUAUACCUAAUGGAUGGGAACGUCAGCAACAUUUACAAAUUGGAUGCCAAGAAGAGAAUCAACCUUAGCAAAAUAGACAAAUUCUUCAAGCAGCUGCAGGUGGUUCCUUUAUUCGGCGAUAUGCAGAUAGAACUGGCCAGAUACAUUAAGACCAGUGCUCACUAUGAGGAGAACAAAUCCAAGUGGACGUGCACUCAGAGCAGCAUAAGUCCCCAGUACAACAUCUGUGAGCAGAUGGUCCAGAUCCGAGAUGACCACAUCCGCUUCAUCUCGGAGCUCGCUCGCUACAGCAACAGUGAGGUGGUCACAGGCUCAGGACUGGACAGCCAAAAAUCAGACGAGGAAUACAGGGAGCUCUUUGACCUUGCAUUGCGGGGACUGCAGCUGCUGUCCAAGUGGAGUGCCCAUGUCAUGGAAGUGUAYUCUUGGAAGCUGGUUCAUCCCACAGAUAAGUUCUGUAACAAAGAUUGCCCAGGAACAGCAGAAGAGUAUGAGAGAGCCACCCGCUACAACUACACGAGUGAAGAGAAGUUUGCUUUUGUGGAAGUAAUUGCCAUGAUCAAAGGUCUUCAAGUGUUGAUGGGCCGUAUGGAGAGUGUUUUUAACCAAGCCAUCCGUAACACCAUCUAUGCAGCUCUGCAGGACUUUGCCCAGGUAACCCUACGAGAGCCACUGAGGCAGGCGGUCAGGAAGAAGAAAAACGUCCUGAUCAGUGUCCUUCAGGCAAUUCGAAAGACAAUCUGUGACUGGGAGGGUGGUCGAGAGCCUCCAAAUGAUCCUUGCCUGAGAGGCGAGAAGGAUCCCAAAGGUGGAUUUGAUAUAAAAGUCCCACGGAGAGCAGUAGGACCAUCAAGUACCCAGCUCUACAUGGUGCGGACCAUGCUGGAAUCUCUCAUAGCAGACAAGAGUGGCUCAAAGAAGACACUGAGGAGYAGCCUGGAUGGACCAAUAGUCCUGGCCAUUGAGGAGUUCCACAAGCAGUCCUUCUUCUUCACCCACCUUCUCAACAUCAGUGAAGCGCUGCAGCAGUGCUGCGACCUGUCCCAGCUCUGGUUCCGGGAAUUCUUCCUCGAGCUGACCAUGGGCCGCCGCAUCCAGUUUCCCAUCGAGAUGUCCAUGCCCUGGAUCCUUACGGACCAUAUUCUGGAAACCAAAGAGCCCUCCAUGAUGGAGUAUGUACUGUACCCCCUGGACCUCUAUAAUGACAGCGCCUAUUAUGCCUUGACUAAGUUCAAAAAGCAGUUCCUAUAUGAUGAAAUUGAAGCUGAGGUGAAUUUGUGUUUUGAUCAAUUUGUAUACAAGCUGGCAGAUCAGAUCUUUGCCUAUUAUAAAGCCAUGGCUGGCAGUGUUUUAUUGGAUAAACGUUUCCGGGCUGAAUGUAAGAAUUAUGGAGUGAUUAUUCCAUAUCCGCCAUCCAACCGCUAUGAGACACUACUCAAGCAGAGGCAUGUCCAGUUGCUAGGUAGGUCRAUUGACCUAAAUAGGCUUAUAACUCAGCGUAUCUCAGCCGCAAUGUACAAAUCAUUAGACCAAGCCAUUAGCCGCUUUGAGAGCGAGGACCUAACAUCUAUAGUGGAGCUGGAGUGGCUCUUGGAAAUAAAUCGCCUGACUCACAGGUUGCUGUGCAAGCACAUGACUUUGGACAGYUUUGAUGCCAUGUUCCGAGAGGCCAACCACAAUGUCUCCGCACCCUAUGGGCGCAUCACUCUUCAUGUCUUCUGGGAGCUCAACUUUGACUUUCUACCCAACUACUGCUACAAUGGAUCCACCAACAGGUUUGUGAGGACUGCAAUCCCAUUCACACAGGAGCCCCAACGGGACAAGCCAGCCAACGUUCAGCCCUAUUACCUCUAUGGAUCCAAGCCUCUCAAUAUUGCCUACAGUCACAUCUAUAGCUCCUACCGCAACUUUGUUGGACCACCUCAUUUCAAGACAAUCUGCAGACUUCUUGGCUAUCAAGGGAUUGCAGUGGUCAUGGAAGAGCUGUUGAAGAUCGUCAAGAGCCUGUUACAAGGCACGAUCCUACAAUACGUGAAAACAUUGAUUGAAGUAAUGCCCAAGAUAUGCCGCUUGCCAAGACAUGAAUAUGGUUCUCCAGGAAUCCUGGAGUUUUUCCAUCAUCAGCUGAAGGACAUCAUUGAGUACGCAGAGUUGAAGACUGAUGUGUUCCAGAGCCUUAGGGAAGUGGGCAAUGCCAUCCUCUUCUGCCUCCUUAUUGAGCAGGCUUUGUCCCAGGAAGAAGUUUGUGAUUUGCUGCAUGCUGCUCCUUUCCAAAAUAUUUUGCCCAGGGUCUACAUCAAAGAAGGAGAACGCUUGGAGGUGCGCAUGAAGCGUCUCGAAGCCAAGUAUGCCCCACUCCACCUGGUUCCCUUAAUAGAGAGGCUGGGCACUCCGCAGCAAAUAGCCAUUGCCCGGGAGGGUGACUUGCUGACCAAGGAGCGGUUGUGCUGUGGGUUGUCCAUGUUCGAGGUCAUCCUGACGCGCAUUAGGAGCUACCUGCAGGACCCAAUCUGGCGUGGGCCACCCCCUACAAACGGGGUCAUGCACGUGGACGAGUGCGUGGAGUUUCACCGUCUCUGGAGUGCCAUGCAGUUUGUGUAUUGCAUCCCCGUGGGCACGAACGAGUUCACUGCAGAGCAGUGCUUUGGAGAUGGUCUGAAUUGGGCAGGUUGCUCUAUCAUUGUUCUCCUUGGACAGCAACGUCGCUUUGACCUCUUUGACUUCUGCUACCACCUGCUGAAGGUACAAAGGCAGGAUGGGAAGGAUGAAAUCAUAAAAAAUGUGCCCUUGAAGAAGAUGGCUGACAGGAUCAGGAAGUAUCAGAUCUUGAACAACGAGAUCUUUGCCAUCCUCAACAAGUACAUGAAGUCAGUGGAAACUGACAGUUCCACCGUGGAGCACGUCCGUUGCUUCCAGCCUCCAAUCCACCAGUCCCUGGCCACCACUUGCUAGUGUGGAACACUACCCCUUUCAGGCUGAGAAACGAGAAGAGACUGAACCCAGAAUGACUGUGAGGAGUCAACUUGACGGUGUGGGAUCUGGCGACAAAAUAAGACUAGGUAUACCUAGUACACAAGAGGACACAUCUUCCUAUCUGGCCCUGUCUGACUGCAUGUUCUUUUGUAACAUCCCUGUGAUUGGUUUUACUUGUAGCUUUAAAAAUGGGGAGGGGUGGGCGGGCAAAAUAUGCUUUUCUUCUAUGAAGUUGUCUGUUUUUCCCCUGCGAUUCAUCCAGUUGAACACAUGACUCCGCAGCCAUGUUACAGUCCUAGGUGUGGGGUUCCAGUCAGAACUGCUUGUUUCCUAGAAGCCUUCUCCCACCACAGAAGGAAUGGGGCAAAKGGAUGCCCCUGUGAUAGAUGCCACAAGCCACGGAACAGCAGGGUUUGAAGGCACACCCUGACUUACUCUUUGGGGGAAAAGGAGCAGGAAGGCACAAUUUGAGCUGUGGCAGCACCCUGAGGACGAAGCCAUCUAAGCAAAGAUGGAAAGCCCUUCUGGUCUUGUCUUAAAUUCCUGCACGACCUAUGGUUGAGGCCAGCUUUGUACCUCCUGACAAGUCACCUGCCUUUUCGGCAUCUUUUAAAGGGAGUUUUGACACAAGGGUUUCAGAACAGCAAUGACCUAGUUGCCAAAUAACUCCUCAGUGUUGCAAGAGCUGGGGAAAGCAGAGAUGUCAUGGCUUUUGCUUUGCCAAGCGAUAUUCACCUAUUUUAAUUCAGAGGAAUCUUCCCUCAAGUUUUAUCUUCCAUGGAGUAAACAAGAUGUCUUAAAGCAUGCRGAAGAGUCCACAUUCACCUCAAUAUGCUCUUGAGUAUUUUAAUUUGAUAAGGGGAGAAUAAUCACCGAUUCUGACAGGAGGCAGCUGGAACAUAGGUGAUCCUCAACCUCUAGACAAGAAUGAGAGCGGGGAUGUCCUUUUCCCUUGUCCUAGCAGCACAACAACCUUCAAUGACCUUCAAAAAAUGGUGAAUUCCAGCAUGGAUAUACUAAAUUGUAGUAAAGUGAAUUUCAGCAGGAUGUAGUAAAUUCCAGCUAACUCGGAAAUGAUAUUUUAGAAUAGAAUAAAGCAUUAAAAACACAGAAUUUUCCAGACUCAGAGGUAUUCUGAGGGAACAUCGUGGUCUGUUUUCUUCUGCAGUGCAGCUCAUCUAACACCCUCAGCUAUUGAAAACAAAUUCAAUGGAAACUUCCAGAAGGCUUUUCCUAUUCACCAUCUUCCCUGCUUUGCCACAGUAACGUAGUUGAAGUGAUAGAAAAGUUYGUGCUUGAAGUUAAAGGAGACCAAACCAUGUACAGCAGGAGAAAAUGCCAGCCUUACUACCAUAAGAAGUUUUAACCUCUGUAAUUUAAUCAGGUCACAGCAGGUAAUUGCUGUUUUGUAUACAGAAGUGAUAUAUAUACACACACACCUUUCAUUCAUUUCAUCGUGCCUUGUGAACUGUAUGCUAUUACAGAUGCAAAAAAGGCAGAGCCUGAGCAUUUAUUCUCUUGGAGAAAAACACAUAACUAGUGGAAUGUCCCAACUGGCAUAUUUGGUCUUGGGAAACAGCAGUCUGCACGUUUUUAUUAAGAAGAGGAAAUCAUGCUGUGUGAAAUAAGUUUGGGGAGAUCACAGUUAUACCUGUUUCCUGGAUGCUCAGUAUAUCCCACACAUGAAAUGUGCUGGACAUUUUAUACCUUGAGUUUCCUUUAGCUGCUGAGAAGGACAUUUAAAUUGCAGGGAGAAAAUUCUGUGGCACAAUUAUCUGAAAGUAAAAUGAAAUCUCAGGAAGCCUGGCUGAAAUCUUUGAAGGGCAGGAGAAGGACCAAGCCUGGGAAAGUGAGAUCAUCUCCCGCUUGUGAAGAGGUUGAGCAGCAGAAGAGCAUUCAGACCCAGUCACACUGAGAGGCUCUGACCUGCCUUUACUCUUCCACCAAGAAUGUCAGUUCUGGUUUUCCAACACUUCCACACUGCUGAAACUACUGGAGUCAGAGGAUUUCAGAUGUAUAUAUUUUUAAAGGAAGAGGAGAAUCGAGCACUUUAUUUUUUUGUGGAAAACAAGAUAUGAGGAAAAUAGAUCUUACUAAGACCCUAUUUUUCCUGACCUGAUUAAAUAGUAAGUGCUUGUUAUUUUGAUAUGCACGUGUUGCAGAAAAGGUGGCAGAAGGCCCUGUCUGGCUCACAGAGCCACCCCUGGGAACAGCACAAAUUAAAUGUCCCACUAUGUCUGACAUGUUAUGGGGUGUUGGAACCUUUCCAGGAACCAGCAUGAGCAAGAAUUUGAUACUGAAGGAUGAACUGUAUCACAGAGUCUAGUCUCAGCUACCUAGRCAAAACAGGAUGUAGCAAGGUAGAUUUACUUACCUGUGCUCAUGUGCUUAGGUUUGGAGUGAUUCCUGAGAUAUUCUACCUAAGCAUGGAUAUCACUUUGCAUUCUUUUACUGUAGUUUUGGUAUAAUAAUUCUCUGAAAACCUGAAAAACACAGGUGUACUUACACAGAACAGAGAGAUGAAAUCUGUUGCCCUCAGAUUUGCUGGCAAAAUGCACCCUUUUGGAUUCCAAGGAUGAAAUGUUUUGAGCAAAAUGUCCAAAUUGCAUGAACAAGAUGUAAAUUGUUUUUGGCUCUAGAGCAUAUGCAGAUGUUUUGCCUUGUUGCUCAAAUAGUAGGAGGUAUCAGCUAGAAAUAAUCGUACAGUCUUCAUUUCUGAGAUUUGAUGUUAUUGUCCUUUUAUUAUCUAAAGGAUUAAAAUAGUCUUUAGCUUCCAUUCUGUAAUCCUCCUUGAUUGUACAUGAGAAAGAGAUUCAGGUUCAGGCCUGUAAAGAACUCAAUGAAAUAGCCUUCACAUCCUUUUAUAAUGUAAGAAUAAGUGGAAAUAGGGAGCAGAUUUUUAACAGUAGCACUUAAUAGUCAUGGAUUGCCAAGGUACAUGGUAAAUUCUCCACACUUGCAGACUUUCUGCCAAGUUUGGAUGUCUUCCAUGCAGAUAUACUCUAAUCCCAUGGCUUUUAAUUCCACAGUUUUCAGCCUUUUACAAUCCACAGGCUCCUAAUAUUUUUCCCAGGAAUCAUGAACUGUACAGAUAAUUUAUUCAACUAACCCUGUGCUUGCUUUUUAACCCACAUUCUCUUGGUUGAUCUAAAGUAGUCUGCAAACUCCCAGGGAUCUACCAACUACCACUAGGAAUGCCUACUUCAAAGACAAGAUGUUGGCUCAAUACAGGAAUUACAGGGAAAAAGAGUAUGAUCUGUAAAAUGAAAUCAGACUAGGUUAUUGUAAACGGCUUCUCUCACCCUAGCAUUACAAWAUGUGAUUAUUUGCAGUGCACAUCACAAGGGUGUUGCUAUGCUGGACUUUGAGUGAUAUGAAAGGGAAGCAAACUAGUUCAAAUUCUGCACUUAAUGGUUUUUCUUUUUAACCCUGGCAGCACUUGUUAUUAGCAUUGACCAUGUUAGUCCUUUUUCUCCUGCAUUACUCUA